AAAUUUAGUUUCAACAUGGCGGCGAUGGCGGCAUUGUUGCUUGAAUUUCUUUCUGUUUCAAAGCCAAAUAUCUAGUUUGAGAACAAAGAUAAACGCCAGUUUUGUUGUAUAAGAAUGGCUCACAGCAAAGGAGAUGAAAUUUUAAUGAGUGGAGAAGCCACAGGAGGCGGUGAUAGCGACGAAGAGAUUGAGGUCACUGCUGCAGAGGUUCUUGUUCAACUUGAAAACGCUUGGAUGAAUGAAAAGUUUGCUCCUGAACUUUUGGAGAGCAAAGCAGAUCUUGUUGAGUGUAUGCUGGAUCAGAUUAAAGAAAUGGAAGGAAAUUUGAAGAAAGUAAAACAAGGAAAUGUUGUAGCCUCAUUGCAUAAAUUAGAGAUUGACAGAAUACGAUUUGUACUUAGCAGUUACACAAGGACAAGGAUAGAAAAGAUUGAAAAGCAUGUUGUCCAUGUUCUUGAACAAGAGGCAGCAAGAGAAGAAAGUGAACCCUCACGAUUAUCCCCAGAGGAGCUGCAGUAUGCUAAAGAGUAUGCUGAUAACAUGGAGGGUCUGUUUAAGUCCCUAGCUUUGCAACACAUGCCAACAAACAUGCAGAACAUAGACAGAAAAAAAUCAGUUCCUAGGCCAAACAUGGACAAAUAUGUGUUUUUAAAGGUUCUGGAAAAUCAGGAGCAAGUCAUGAUUGACCCUGAGGAGGAUCCUAUCGACUUGGAGAGCGGAGCACAACACAUCAUGCGCUACAGUGCUAUAGCACCUCUUCUUAGCAACGGAUCCGUGUCUCUUCUAUGACAUUUGGAGUUCGUUGCAUGUCUGUGAUGGGUUGCUGUGUGUGUAUAGCUCGCUAAAAUGUGGGACCCUGGUAAAUUGGGCCGUAAAACAUGCGAGUUACUGAACAAACUGACGCUAGGUUUCGGCUGUUUCUUGGCUAAACGGCACGAAUAGUAUUUUUAAUCCCUCAUUAAGAAACUUUGCAUCCUUGGAGACCCAGGAACAGAUAGUUGGUUGGGGAGAAAGUCAAACGAACGAAAGCAGUGCGAAGGAUGCUUAAACAAAAACUAGACUAAAAACACUCGUUAAUGUAAA